UCUUUUCCCGGGUGGCGUCGGCAAUGGCGGACGGGCAGGUCUUGGUGAUCGACGGGCGGGGCCACCUCCUGGGCCGCUUGGCGGCCAUCGUGGCCAAGCAAGUCCUGCUGGGCCGGAAGGUGGUGGUGGUUCGCUGCGAAGGCAUCAACAUCUCAGGAAACUUCUACCGGAAUAAGCUGAAGUACCUGGCCUUCCUCCGAAAGCGCAUGAACACAAACCCCUCCCGAGGCCCCUACCACUUCCGAGCGCCGAGCCGAAUCUUCUGGAGGACCGUACGAGGCAUGCUUCCCCACAAGACCAAGAGAGGCCAGGCUGCCUUGGAGCGCCUCAAGGUGUUUGACGGCAUCCCCCCACCCUACGACAAGCGUAAACGCAUGGUGGUCCCAGCUGCUCUCAAAGUGGUCAGACUGAAGCCAACCAGAAAGUUUGCAUACCUGGGGCGCCUGGCCCAUGAGGUUGGCUGGAAAUACCAGGCUGUGACUGCAACAUUGGAAGAGAAGAGGAAAGAGAAAGCCAAGAUCCAUUACAGAAAGAAAAAGAAGCUUACGAAACUACGAAAACAGGCAGAGAAGAACGUGGAAGGCAAAAUCCACAAAUACACAAAGGUGCUGAAGAAGCACGGGCUGCUGGUGUGAGUCCAAUAAAGUCUAUCAUCCACGGCAA